CAUCGCACUGGCUACCCAUUCUGUGCGUAGCUGGCUUCGAGUUUAAUUUGAGAUACGGUUGGAACACCAAAGAUGUGUUUCAACGGGAAAAUUUUGCUGCUACUCGCAACUUUAACAAUCUCUACACCAGCGUUCAGUACAAUUAUUGAAUUACCUACAAGCUACAAUCGUACUUCACCAUGGGAUGACCUGAUCGAACUGGGUGUGGCAAAUUACACGGAAACAGAUUGUAUCCGGACAUGCGUUGCUGAUGAAGCACCACGAGUUUGUCUUUACACAUUCGUUUUGGAGAUGUACGCGGCAAUGGGAACAGCUUGCGGAGAUUGUGCCGACGGUGUUAUGGCGGACUGUUUUCAACCGCAGUGCAUCCCAACCGAUUCGUUCCAGCGAGAAGUGAUGUCCGUCAACCGCCAGUUCCCGGGACCUCCGAUCAAUGUCUGUAAAAAUGACCUGAUCGUAGUCAACGUGGAAAACCAGAUGGCGGGUACAGCAUCCACGCUUCACUGGCAUGGAAUGCUGCAGAAGAACAGUCCUUGGAUGGACGGAGUUCCUUACGUGACUCAGUGUCCGAUCGGAGGAACGACUUUUAGAUACGCAUUUCCCGUCGAGGAAUCUGGCACUUUUAUGUGGCACUCUCACACUGGAUUGCAUAGACCCAACGGACAGUACGGUGCGUUAGUUGCUCGGGAACCGCGUUCUGAGGAACCCUGGAGCGAAGAUCUCUACGACCACGAUCUGCCGGAGCACACGAUCGUGUUGUCCGAUUGGAUGCACGACACCUCGGAGAUGUACUUCCCAGGUCUACCUUCCAGGAAGCCGGGCACAGCACCAACCACUAUUCUGAUCAACGGUUUGGGUUGGUACUUGUACGGCGACGGAAGCGACGAUUCCAUCAACGCGUCGUUACCCGUGUCAACUUUUCACGUGCAGGAAAAUUCACGUUACAGGUUCCGAGUUAUCAACGCGAACAGCCAAGUUUGCAGUUACGUUUUCCAAAUCCAGGAUCACAACAUGACUCUGAUCGCCACCGACGGACAGCCGAUUGAGCCGGUCGUCGUCGACGCUCUGGUAACCUACGCCGGUGAAAGAUACGACUUUGUCAUCGAAACCAAGAAUGCCUCGUCCGAAGGAAGCGCUUUCUGGAUACACGUUCGCGGCCUUGGGUUGUGCGCAACUAAUUACAUGGACCAAUAUGCCGUUUUGUCUUACAACACUAACGUCACAGAACUAGGAAUUAUUCCAACGGCAACUCGACCGACUAUAGCCGAUCCGCUGACAAUGUCGGUUGUCUUCAAUUAUCCUAACACAACCUGUGGCGAGAGUUCGGAAUACCUUUGCGUCACGGAUCUUAGGACUAUCGAAGACGCCACAACCACAGAUAAUUCGAGCAUUUGGACGGCAGAGCCGGACGUCCGUAUGUUCCUACCAUUUGGUUUUCACUAUUUUGAUGCCGAGACGUUCCACCUACAGGGAGAUUAUAAAGGAUAUCAAAAUAACAAAGGAAGUAGUAUUCGAGCGGGCACAAUGAACAACUUGUCCUUUGCGUUUCCCUCGGAGCCGCUUAUUUUCUUCGACAGUCCCAGCGAUGUCGAUUACUGCAAUGUCGAUAAUUUACCAACUGAUUGCCAGACCUCCGAUAAUACUACAGCUAGCUCGUCGUACUGUGCAUGUACAGACGUCGUAGUUUUGAAGGAAGGCGACAUCGUUCAACUGAUUCUGAUUGACCAAUCUGGCGAGACCGACGACAGUCAUCCGUUCCACUUGCACGGCUUCGACUUCUACGUGUUGUAUACGAGCAACAGUUCGAGCAACGAGUACGGAUACACAGUCGCUGAAGUGACAGAACUGGUCGCUUCAAACCUUACCAGCUCAUGGAGUGAUACGAAUAUUCCGCCGACAAAGGACACCAUCAACGUUCCAACUGCCGGAUUUGCCAUCAUCCAAUUUAAAGCCAACAACCCUGGAAAGUGGUUUUUCCAUUGUCACUAUGAGUGGCAUGCGGCCACUGGUAUGGGUAUGGCUUUCUGGGUUGAAGGAGACAUGCCUCCUAAACCUCCAGGCUUUCCGACCUGCGGCAAUUUCGAUCCGUUGAGUUAGGCUGAUGCGAGGACGUCACAGGCUGAAUAAAACGCACUACUGUAUGCCAGUUGUCAAUAAUUAUCCAAAACAUGUGAAUAAAAAUUCAAAUACCCUCUA